ACAACAGCAUUUUCAAUCAAGGGCGGACCAAUCAGGAAGAAGGAGUAAGAUGAUACAAAAUAAAUUGACGCAUAAUUGCCCGUCAAUCACGUGGAGGGUGGCCAAUGGGCGCGCGAGGUUCUGCCCCAUCCCUCAUCGCCAUGAUGUGUCUGGCGGCAAACUAAAGUGGAGUUUAGUUUUCACAUAGCGCUAGUUUUGCAAGUCAGAUCAGACGACCUUACGCGAUGGCUACAACAACAUCACUACCGUCUAGUCCCUACAUAGUGAGCAGUACUGCUGCACCGAUCGUCACCACACAGGACGACAAUAUGCAGGUUCCCAGCGUGUCUCAGGCCAGCUACAGGGACAUACAGAAGCUACCAACCGAUUACCUCGGGCAGCAGCAAGCCGUCAGCAAUGGGCACCCCCUCUCGCAGGCUCACCAAUGGGUCCUACCGCACACGGAAGGCUCGCCGUGGCCAAGCAGCCUGGCCGCCGCCGCCGGAAUCGGAGUUUUCACGACAGCAGACAUCAAGCAGGGGAGGGAAGACUUACACGGGGCCAUACUGCACCACAGGCCGCAGCAGCAGCAACAACAACAGGCCCAGCAGCAGCAGCAGCAACAACAACAACAACAGCAGCAGCACCCGCAGAUCGUGUGGAACACGCCCGUAACUUCAGCGCACAUACAGAUGACAAGCAACGGGUCUUCGCCCCUGCUUAGUAGUCACGCGCACAGCCUUUCCGGCUACUCUGUCAAUGGCAUGGUGUCGCCGGGCCAGCAGAUGCACCCUGUGCUGCAGGACCACGUUCCCCAGGACUCUCCCAUCCCUCAACACCACGAUAACAGCGACGACGACACGCCAACGUCAGAUGAUCUCGAGCAGUUCGCCAAGCAGUUCAAACAACGUAGAAUCAAGCUGGGCUUCACGCAGGCCGAUGUGGGGCUCGCGUUGGGGACUCUGUACGGCAACGUGUUCAGCCAAACCACCAUCUGCCGUUUCGAAGCCCUGCAGCUGAGCUUCAAGAACAUGUGCAAGCUGAAACCUUUGCUCCAGAAGUGGCUAGAGGAGGCAGACUCGUCGUCUGGGUCUCCCUCGAGCAUAGACAAAAUCGCGGCACAGGGCCGAAAGCGUAAGAAACGCACCAGCAUUGAGGUGACUGUGAAAGGGGCCCUGGAAUCGCACUUCCUGAAACAACCCAAACCGUCAGCGCAGGAGAUCGCUCAACUCGCCGACAGUCUUCAGCUCGAGAAGGAGGUUGUCAGGGUCUGGUUCUGCAAUCGGAGGCAGAAGGAGAAGCGGAUGACACCGCCGGCAUUGAACGGCCCUCCCGGCCCGCCCGGAAGCGUGCCCACCACCGUCAGCAGUGAAGUGGACCGUGCCUCGGCGCUCCGGCCUCCCAGCGCCGAGGGCAUCAUGCAGUCAGCGGGCCUGGCCGCACAAAAUAUAGCAGCCAGCCUUGCACAACAGUGACACUACCAGGGGCCAAAACAACGACAAUACACCACGGACGGGUGCGAACCCCCCUCCCACAUGCCAUGUACUGAUCGCCUAUUGAACAGAUGAGUAUUACGUUAGUUCUGUUGUAUUUGUAUAUUGGAUCGUACUUGUACUCAGACCGACGUUCUGUAACCCACCACAGCACGGACCGUCGCUUCUCACUCUAACUCAAGAUUCGUGGACUUCCAUUUUUGUUUGUCUCCAGAGCCACGCAUUUAUUAUUUUCUAUGCCACACUGUGAUAUAAGGAAGAUAUAUUCUUUGUGAGAUUUUUUGGAGGAGCAAGUUUCCAAUGGAUGUUAUAUUUGCUCAGAGUCGAGUCCACCACUACACGUGUUGUAUAGUCAUACCCCCCUCGUCUGAGGUGCGUGCUGUUUUGUAUAUGACAUGACGAUUGUGUAUUUGGAACUGUCAAAAUGUGUAUUUUAUGUCAUUCCAAAAAGUGAGUAGCUAGGGUAUAUAUGUAGAACUUCGUGUGUUUAACGCCGGCUUUGCCAAAGUAAUAAUAUUCAGGUAUUGUUUCCAAAAUGCUGUACGUGAGUUUCGGUCAUUUUCACAAUGUAGUGUUGGAGGGUUGUUUCGCUGCCAUUUAGUGCAGAGCGCAAAGGUGCACUCAACCCUCAAAAUAUAACAUUAUUCUAUUUCCUACAACUUCAGCCAAUCAGACUCCAGCUUAGCUGUUGUUGAUCGAAAAGUAUUAGUUAUACUUUUUUUAUCUUUGCUACUAAGUUGUAUAUGUUGUGUUGAUCAUUGAAAUGGGGGGAAUAUUUCCCUAACUUCCAGAUGUAAAUAUUACUUUUUUGGUUUCUAUUUUUUAUUGCAAGAAAUGAAGAAAAAGAACGAGAGACUUUUUAUGAUUAUUGUGUACAGAACAGGAUCUUAUGUUUGUUGAUUAGAUUUUUCACGGAGACAUUUAUAUAAUAUUCGAAGGUUUAUACCUUUGUUGCUGUAAAAAUGAACCGGAACGUUCUGUGGAAGAUAUCUAUAUAUAUAUAAUUAAGGAACAUUGUAUGAGGAACGGUUAACUUAUUUCGUGUUUCAUACUACGCGAGAACAUUAUUUUAUCCAUUGUUGCUUCCACGUAUGACUCAAAUACUGGUAUAUUUUCUAUUAACAACUUCGAAUUGAAAAGCAAGUGAAAGAGAGAAAAAAACAUUUUUCGAAUGUAAUUUUAUGUAAUUUGACUGGAAAAAGAGGGGGAAACCCUCAUGUAGGUAGACGUUUAACACGAUUUUAGUGUUUGUUCAGUGGAAUAUAAAAAAAAUCAGUGAGCGAGAAAUAAUAAAUACGUUUUGGACGAGAA